CCCAUGAAAGUGUCGCUUGGCAACGGUGAAAUGGGCGUCUCUGCCCAUUUGCAGCCCUGCAAGGCCGGGACCACGCGGUUUUUCACCAGCAAUACGCACAGCUCGGUGGUUUUGCAAGGCUUCGAUCAGCUUAGAAUAGAAGGAUUGCUUUGCGAUGUGACUCUAGUGCCCGGGGACGGGGACGAGAUCUUCCCUGUCCACCGCGCUAUGAUGGCGUCUGCCAGUGAUUAUUUCAAAGCCAUGUUCACAGGGGGCAUGAAAGAACAGGAUUUGAUGUGCAUUAAGCUUCAUGGGGUGAACAAGGUUGGGCUGAAGAAGAUCAUCGAUUUCAUCUAUACAGCAAAGCUUUCUCUGAAUAUGGACAACCUUCAAGACACACUGGAGGCUGCCAGCUUCCUGCAGAUUUUACCCGUUCUGGACUUCUGUAAAGUCUUUCUGAUCUCAGGGGUGUCUUUGGAUAACUGUGUGGAGGUGGGGCGGAUUGCCAACACCUACAACCUUAUCGAAGUGGACAAAUACGUCAAUAACUUCAUCCUCAAGAAUUUCCCGGCCUUGUUGAGUACCGGGGAGUUCCUCAAGCUUCCCUUUGAAAGGCUGGCCUUUGUGCUUUCCAGUAACAGCCUGAAGCACUGCUCUGAACUUGAACUUUUCAAGGCCGCCUGUCGCUGGCUAAGGUUGGAAGACCCGCGCAUGGAUUAUGCCGCAAAAUUAAUGAAGAACAUCCGAUUUCCACUGAUGACACCGCAGGACCUCAUCAAUUAUGUACAGACUGUGGAUUUCAUGAGAACGGAUAACACCUGUGUGAAUUUGCUCUUGGAGGCUAGCAAUUACCAGAUGAUGCCGUAUAUGCAGCCGGUGAUGCAGUCAGACAGAACUGCCAUCCGAUCCGACUCCACUCACUUGGUUACUCUGGGAGGAGUUUUGAGGCAGCAGCUGGUUGUCAGUAAAGAAUUAAGAAUGUAUGAUGAGAGGGCGCAAGAGUGGAAAUCCUUAGCCCCCAUGGAUGCCCCUCGGUACCAGCACGGCAUUGCCGUCAUCGGGAACUUUCUUUAUGUAGUUGGAGGUCAGAGUAAUUACGACACGAAAGGCAAAACCGCUGUCGAUACGGUGUUUCGAUUUGAUCCGAGGUAUAAUAAGUGGAUGCAAGUUGCUUCGUUAAAUGAAAAGCGCACCUUCUUCCACUUGAGCGCCCUCAAGGGACAUUUGUAUGCGGUUGGUGGGCGCAGCGCAGCUGGUGAACUGGCCACAGUAGAAUGUUACAACCCCAGAAUGAAUGAGUGGAGCUAUGUGGCAAAAAUGAGCGAACCUCACUACGGCCACGCGGGGACAGUGUACGGGGGCUUAAUGUACAUUUCAGGAGGCAUCACCCACGAUACUUUCCAAAAUGAGCUCAUGUGCUUUGACCCUGACACAGACAAAUGGACACAGAAAGCGCCAAUGACGACUGUCCGAGGCCUGCAUUGCAUGUGCACGGUUGGAGACAAACUUUAUGUCAUUGGUGGCAAUCACUUCAGGGGGACAAGCGACUAUGAUGACGUUCUAAGCUGUGAAUACUAUUCACCGACCCUUGACCAGUGGACACCGAUUGCUGCUAUGUUAAGGGGUCAGAGUGAUGUUGGAGUUGCCGUCUUUGAAAAUAAAAUAUAUGUUGUUGGUGGGUAUUCUUGGAAUAAUCGUUGCAUGGUGGAAAUUGUCCAGAAAUACGACCCAGAGAAAGAUGAGUGGCACAAAGUUUUUGACCUUCCGGAGUCACUUGGCGGCAUCCGGGCUUGUACCCUCACGGUUUUUCCACCUGAAGAAAACCCCGGGUCACCGUCUAGAGAAUCUCCUCUUUCAGCACCUUCAGAUCAUUCCUAGGACUUACGACCUGAGACCUUUGCAGUGCA